AGAUGGUUUGUGUGGUCAAAAUGAAAUAAUCAAGCGUCAAGCCGAUGAUGCUUCUCUUCCAUUCUCAUUUCUCGUGGUUUGGAGAUGAGUGAAUCGUCUAACGAUCAGCGUGGUCGAGAGCGUGACCGUCCAAGAAGGGAACGCAAUAACUCCAGAAUGGAUAAUAGCAGAGAUAGAAGCAAUGAUAGAGGAGGUGGGGGCAGAGAACCUCGUAGCAUGAGAUCCUCUCAAAAUCGAGUGUAUGUAUCUAAUAUCCCUUACGAAUAUCGUUGGCAAGACAUCAAAGAUCUGUUUCGGAGCAGAGUCGGGGAUGUAGCGUUUGUCGAGCUUUUUGUAGAUGAUAAUGAUAAGCCAAAAGGUAGUGGCAUUGUCGAAUUUUCUGACGGUGAUGCUGUUAGGAAGUGUUUGGAAAUUAUGCAACGUUUUGAGGUUAAGGGGCGUAAAUUAGUCGUCAAAGAUGAUGGAGGGGUAACAAGAGAUAAGUCUGGGGCUAUUAUAAGUAGUGGAGGCAGAAGGAAUAGAGAUUCUGAUAGAUUCAGAGAUGAUCGUAGAGAUUUGGGCAGUAGCUUGUCUUUAAGAAAUGAUGACAAAUGGGGCAAUACCUAUGGAUUAAGUCCACAGUUUCUUGAAUCUUUGAAAAUUGAUCCUCCGCUUAACAAUAAAGUGUUUGUUGCUAAUUUGGAUUACAACAUUGAUCAGAAAAAAUUGAAGGAAGUUUUUAAAUUAGCGGGUAGAGUUAUCAAUGUAGAUCUGCCUUUGGACAAGGAUGGUAAAGUACGAGGAUUUGCAGUUAUUGAGUACGAUCAUCCUGUAGAAGCGGUGCAAGCUAUUUCCAUGCUGCAAGGUCAAGUAUUGAAUGACAGAACAUUGGCUGUUCGAAUGGACAGAGUUAAUGAACACAUGAAGUUACCGGAAGGUCUAAGGUCUAUUGGUAUGGGGCUCGGUCCUAAUGGAGAACCUUUGAAAAAUGUUGCUCACAACUUGCCUUCUUUGAAUACUAAUUCACAGAUUGGUGGGUCUGGAAUUCUAGGGGCGGUACCUAAUAAUUCUUUGCAAUUGGCUAAUGCUCUAUCAGGACUUGGUAACUUGGGAAAUUCGCAAGUGUUCCAAUCUGGUAAUUUGUCAGGUUUCGCAAGUACGUUGUUGGGAAACGGGUUGGGGGCUACUGAUCUAUCGUCGCUGGUUCAGAAUCCCCUAGCCCAAAAUACAGCGACUCCACAAUUGGCAGCAUUGGCUCAGCAAAACACUGCUUCGGGAAAUAUUGGUACUUUUAGAGGAUCUAAUUCUGGAAACGACAGCUUUGGUAAUCAGAAUUCAAACUAUAACAACCUCUCUGGUGGAAGAAACUUCCAGGGUGCAGGAGGUGGUUUUAAUAACAAUGACCAAUUGUCCUUUAACAAUGGAGCAAGAUCAGGAGGAAUGGAUCGACAAUUAGGGGGUGGAAAAAGUUUUUCCAGAAAGGUUUUAAUUUCAAAUCUACCUCCUAUGGCCAGUUACAAACUCCUGAGCGAAAAGUUUUCAGAGUUUGGUGAAGUCCAAGGUUUUGAAGAAAAAUCUCAUGGGAGUAUUUUAAUUACAUAUGGAUCAGAUUGGCAAGCUGAAAGAGCCAUUAAGAAUUUAGAUAAGGCACGCAUCGAUGGCAGGAUGAUUGAUGCUAGACUGUAUUACUAAUUUAUUAAUUUUAUUUUCUAAGGAAGCGCAAAAAUUCUAAUUUCUUUGUAAAUGGAUAAUAUUGCUUUUUUAUAAUUGUUUUUCAAAAAUAAUAUGUAUAUUGAGUUGCUUGAAUAACACAUGUAACUGAAGUUAGCUCUAUUAUAAUGUCAUGCCGAUGUUAUUCCAAAAAUUUGAUGUAUUGUGUUAAUCUAAAGUUUUUUAGGGUGUCUUGAAAAAGACCUUUAUUAUAAAAGGCAUAAAAUAAAGACAUAAAUAAAUAAA